AUGAGUGUACUCAAUGUGGAAUAUCUUUUAGACGAAAAUUUUACCUCAUUGUACACUGGAGAGUUCACACAGGAGAAAGGCCUUAUGAUUGCAGUGAGUGUGGGAACUCUUUUACCAAUAGCUUGGUGCUCGUCCUACACCAGUGACUCGAUACUCAUUCUCCACCGGAGAGUUCACACAGGAAAAAGACCUUAUGAGUACAGUGAGUGUUGGAAAUCCUUUAGUCAUCAGUCUUACCUCACUCAACACUGGAAAGUUCAUAGUGGAAAAAGGCCUUACGAAUGCAGUGAAUGUGGGAAAUCUUUUAUGUCUCACCGUGGCCUCCAUUAUCAUCAGAGAGUUCACACUGGAUCAAGGCUUUAUGAAUGUAGUGAAUGUGGGAAAUCUUUUACGUCUCGCCCCGGCUUCCAUUAUCAUCACAGAGUUCACAGUGGAUCCAGGCCUUAUGAAUGUAGUGAAUGCGGGAAGUCUUUUACCUCUCAUUCUGGCCUUCGUUAUCAUCAGAGAUUUCACACAGGAGAAAGGCCUUAUGAGUGCAAGAAUUCACACAGGAGAAAGGCUUAUGUGUGCAGUGAAUGUGGGAAAUCCUUUAUCCAAAGAUGUCACUUUCUUAUACAUCAAAGAGUUCACACAGGAGAAAGACCUUAUGUGUGCAGUGAAUGUGGGAAAUCUUUUUUCUCUAGUUGCAACCUCAUUAAACAUGAGAGAAUUCACACAGGAGAAAGGCCUUACGUGUGCAGUGUAUGUGGGAAAUCCUUCAUCCAAAAAUGUUACCUUCUUAUACACCAGAGAGUUCACACAGGAGAAAGGCCUUAUGAGUGUAAUGAGUGUGGGAAAUCUUUUACCACUAGGAGGAACCUUCGUUAUCAUCAGGGAGUUCACACUGGAGAAAGCCCUUAUGAGUGCAGUGAAUGUGGGAAAUCCUUUAGGAGAGAGUCUUCUCUCAUUGAACACUGUAGAGUUCACACUGGAGAAAAGCCUUAUAAAUGCAGUGAAUGUGGGAAAGCUUUUUCAUCUAGGUAUGGUUUCCGUUAUCAUCAGAGAGUUCACACAGGAUUGAGGCCAUAUGAGUGUAGUGAAUGUGGGAAAUCUUUUAUCUGUAGUUCCAUUCUCCAUGAACAUCAGAGAAUUCACACUAACCAAAGUCCUUAUGAAUGCACUGAAUGUGGGAAGUCCUUUAGAGCAAAUUCUUAUCUCAUUGAACACUGUAGAAUUCAUACUGGAGAAGAGCCUUAUAAAUGCAGUGAAUGUGAGAAAUCUUUUUCGUCUAGGUCCGGCCUCUGUUAUCAUCAGAGAGUUCACACAGGAUCGAGGCCAUAUGAGGGUAGUGAAUGUGAGAAAUCUUUUCCCCAGAGCUCUGCACUCCUUCAACAUCCAUCUUGACAGAGGUGAAAGGUCUUAAUGUGUGUUGUGAAUGUGGGAAAUUUUUUACUUCUCGUUCCACCUUUUAUUCUUAUUAGAGGUCACAGGAAGAGCCUUAUUCGUGCCAGGAAUUUGGGAAAUUGUUUCCUAAAGAAUUCACCUCAUGGGACUUCCCUGUUGGUCCUUUUGUUCAGAAUCCACCUUCCAGUGCAGGGGAUGUGGGUUCGAUCCCUGGUCGGGGAACUAAGAUCCCCCAUGCCGUGGGGCAACUAAGCCUGUGAGCCACAACUACUGAUCCCACACACUCUAGAGCCUGUGCGCCGCAACAAAGAUCCCGUGUGCCGCAACUAAGACCCGACACUGCCAAAUAAAUAUUAAAAAAACAAAAGAAUUCACCCCAGUAUGCAUGGUAGAGUUUACAGUGGAGAAAGGCCUUGAAUGUGCAAGGAAAUACAAUUUUCUUGUUCAGGUUAACGACGUUGGAAUAAACUGAGGAGUGGCCCAUCUGAAUUCAAUCUCAUGCAUUCAGUUGUCCACAGGGGGAGAUACCCCUGAAAUUUCAGUUAUGUGGGAAGCACAUGUGGCUGUAUUGCACUUUGUAACCUCUCCAGGUCUCUUCCCAGAUUUAUGUCACUGCCCGUUUCUUUGGCCUUUUACCUCUAUCGCUUGGCAGGUCCACACAGUGUGCAUCAGUCACCAGCCCAGUGCGCUCAGGGAAACUGACCUCUGUUCUGCCAAGAGUUGGAGCAAACCAGGAAUAGUAGCCCAGUCCCUUCGGGGUUGGUGUUCCCCUCUCUCUGACUACGUGUACAAAAGCCUGAAGAAAUGUUAGCUCAGAGAACGUCAUAUGAAUUCAGCUGACAAUGUGCAGAGAAGGACAACCUUUUCCAGGGACGUGUUCUCACAUGCUCAGUUUUUCCAUCUAGCAAGUCACCAACCCAAACUGUGUGCCACAAAUUGUUUUGGUUUGUAUAAUAUGGAUGCCUUACUGUUUAAAUCCUAUUUUGUUUUCGGAGUUCUUUGUACUGCUAGAGGUGUUUUAUAAGGAGAUUUGGGCUCCACAGGCAUGGACCUCAGGGAGGAUAGUUCAAUGGCAAAAAGUGGCUUGCCAUUUUUGGCCAAAUUUGCAUUGGUGCCAGUGAAGUUGUAGGAGAGAGGGCAGGGCUUUUUGGUCCUCAUUUGAAGCCUGGAUGCUAUGAGUUUUAGGAUCCUCAGACAUCACCCUGAAGAGGCGUAAGAUGUGACAAUCUCAAGUUCUUGGAGCAGCAUAAAUUUUUUCCCCUGUUCACAGGGGUUAUCACAAGAGAUGUCAGCACUGUUGAGAGGAAUCUCCUCCCUUGGUUUUGCAAAGAGCAUGUGCCCUGAUGUUCACAAUUCCAUGGGUGACAGUCACUGGUUGUAAGACUGUAGGGGUCAGCGGAAACUGAAACUGCUACAGAAACUGGGUUAGUAGGGAGCAGAGGAGACAGCAGCCAACUCAUUGGAAUGUGCCUCUUCUAAAAGUGCAUCCACAGAUGUCUUUGUGACGAUGACCGAUGUGUAGGAUCAGUGUGUACACAAAUCUCAGGACCUCCAGGCAUGUUUAUCUUGUGUAGCUGAGGUCAUUGUCAGAGAAGAUAAUUGGAAAGUUUUGUGGGUUUUUGUAAUCUCCUUGUAGUGUUUGCCUCAAGGCCAUUGCUGCACAGGCAGAAAAAAGAAAGGUAGAGAAAAGUACUCCAGGGAUGUGGCUCUUGUGAGCCAGCCAACAUUCCUGUUGACUGAAGUGGAAAUGUCCUUUAUUACUCACCAGUGUUUGCUGCUACUGAGGCAGGAUUGACCCCCAGAGGGCAUGACAGAAAGAUGGUGGAGUCAGUAUAGGGCUGUUAAAUCUAUUUUCCAAAAAAGUGGGGCAUACAGAUUUUGUUUAUCUUCAAGUGUUUUUUUAAAACUGUAUUUAGGUGUAAUUUACAUGUAGUAAAGUACACAUAUUUAAAGUGAAGUAUUUGAUAAGUUUUGACAUACACAUGAUACUUGUGAAAACAUCACAGUCAUGAUAAUGACCAUGUCUAUCACUGUGUAUUUGCUUGAUGUCCUUUUAUAAUCUCUGUGUCCCUGCCCUUCACAGCCCUCCAAGCAACCAUUGAUUUAUUUCUCCUUGUGAUAGAUAUUCUUGCGAUUUCUAUAAUUUACAUGAUGGAAUCCUAAAAUGUUUACUUUUGUUUUCUCCUCGUUUUGUGUUUUAUAAUUAUUUUGAGAUUCAUCAGUGAUGAUAAAUGAGGAGCUCUUUUUUAUUUUUUUGAGUAAUAUUCUUACCAUUAGAUAUAACAGUAUUUAUCCAUUCACCUGUUUAUGGCUAUUUGGGUUAA